AUGCCUGAUUCUGACAGAAAAGUUGACGAUUUGACCACAAAGCUCCGACAUAUUAUUCUAAACACACGAGUGCCUCUUGUUCUUCCUGGGUUUCAAACUAAUUGGACCUGCUUUAGUGGCACUCUAUCCAAUUGGUGUGAAAUUUUUGAUCGGAAAGCCAAUUGCCUACCAAUUUUUGAGCGCAUGCUGCUCUCUGAUAGCAAUACCCCACAAUGGGAACGAAAGCGGACGCAGCUGGGCAUGACAACUAAAAAUUUUUUACAGCAUCAUCACAUGACACAGCCUUACUGGACAGCCUAUCACUAUAAACGUGCAGAAGAGCUGCCGGCGGCAUGCAAAGAGGGCAUAGAUUUCGGUUGCUUUGGGUUCGAGGAGCAUGGGAACGAUUACACCUUCUGGCUGGGCUCACAAGGCGCCAAUACACCUUGCCACUAUGACACGUUUGGUGUAAAUAUUGUUGUUCAAGUGUAUGGUAGCAAAUCUUGGUUGCUCUUCCCACCGGACACUCCCCUUAAGAGCACCCGCAUACCAUAUGAAGAGUCCAGUGUUUACUGUCGGGAAAAUUUCUUUGCACCCGCUCCCAAGGAGUUGGCCAGCUUGGAGAAGUAUCAAUCUCAGGCUUAUCACUGUGUUCUCGCUGCCGGCGAUGUGCUUAUCGUGCCUCGUCACUGGUGGCAUUAUGCAGAGGCGUUGGAAACUUCCUUGAGCGUUAACUACUGGGUACCACUGAAACGUGACUUGGACAUAGCCUUUGAAGAGCUUAUAGUUAAGCACAUGGUCGAGAGUUUUGCUAAAAACGAGAGCGAAGAAGUAAAACGCUACUUGCUAAAUCCAAAUCAGCUGGAGGAGAUUGUAUUAAAGCCCACUGACCUAUUUGAUCAGUUCGAGCGGGCAAUAAAGAGCGCCGAAAGUACAGAGAGCAAGCGAAACCAUUGGAAUAAUGAAUAUUUAAGCCAGGAAGAAGUGAAUCAACUGUUGAACUGCCUAGAGUUGCAAGUGCACCCAUUGCAAAUUAUGUCGCAGGAUGCUUACACGCAUUUACUGACAACCAAUGCAUUGCGUCAUACUUCAAGCCCCACAGAAUCGCAGGUGCUAAGCCCCACGCUGGAGCUCUUGAUAAAUAGCAUGUGUGCACCCGUCAGUAUUUCCUCGAUCAAGCGCGAGUUUUUUCAAAGAUUGGGCGAAGGCAGAUUAUAGUUCUGUGAAACAUUUA